AUGGCCCCGAAAAAAGACAAGGGAAAGGCGGAAGAAGCGCCAAAAGGCGGCGGGGGAUUUACAGAAGUAGAGAAAACAUUCUUAGAGCUGCAAGUCGCUGAAUGCAACAGAAAAAUAGCAAGACUUCGCGCCGCAGUCGACGAAUAUGAAACCAGAAAUGAAGAACUACAGAAAGCGUACGAUAAACUUGACGAAGACAGAGCAGACAUUAUUUCUUAUCUCAAGAAAACUCUAAAUUUAAAAAAUGAAGAGAAUAACGAACUUAAAGACAAAGUGAAAGGCCUUGAAGAAACAAGAGAGAUUGAGACAAAGGAGUUUAAAAGAACAGUCGCUGAGUUAGAGAGAAACUUCACUAUAAUGAAAGAUCAGUUAACAUCGGAAAACAAGCUAUUGGCCGGUAAACUUAAUACCCUGGAGGAGUUCAGAGCCAUAAGAGAUGAUUUGAUGAAGAAAUUCGAAAAGCAAGAACAAGACUUUCAAGAUCAGGAAAUGAAGUACAAAAGAAUUAUUUACGAUGCAGAGAAAAAAUAUGUAAUCAGUAAAGAUAAACUUAAAAAGGAAAUGGAAGCUCGUUUAUUGCAACUUGCUCAAGAUUUUCAAGAUGCAACUGAAUUAAGAAUAGCAGCUUCAACCCACAGAGUGAUCAGAGAGAAUAUUGCUAUUAAUAAUGAAUUGGAUAAUAUCUUGACUUCACAAGCCAAAUUAGCCGAACAAAACGAAAAAUAUAAAGAAAGUGAAAGAGCGGCAAGAGUUGCAAAGGAAUUAGCCGAAGAGGAACGAGAUAAAGCUAUAAAUAAAAAUGUUAUUCAACUGAAAGUAAUAGAACAAUUGACAACAGCAUUCCAAGAAAUAAAGAAAAGUAAAGCUUUGCAAGAUAGAAAGAUUAUAGAUUUUGAGGCACAACAAGUGAAGGUCCAGAAAUUAACAAAAGAAAAUGAGAAUUUGACGUUACAAGUCAGAAUUUUGGAACAAAACUUGCAUAAUAAAAUGAGUGUUGAAAGUAAAGCAUCUAUCGAGGCGGAGCGAAUUUACGGUCAAUGCAAAAAACUAAAAACUAUUUUGAAAGAAGCUGCUAUUGUAAUCAAAGCUGCGUUAAAGUUAGAUCAAUGGGCUACUACAGAUCCAUCAAAAGAAAUAAUGGAUAGACAAAAUCUCUUGUCGCGGCUUCUUGAAAUCGUGUCCCAAUAUCGUGACAUCCAACAUGCAGAUUCAGUAGAAACUCUAGCAUCUUUUGGUAAAGUAUAUAAAGAAGGCGAUCUUGGAUUUAUUCCUAAGCCAGUUGCUAAGAAAUCAUUGCAAUCUGCUGCAUUGUCUUUCAGUUCCAAAGAAACUGGCCGCAAAGCUGACCAAAGUACGCCAUCAGUUUCUAUUGAAUCCUCAAUCCUUGGCAGUUUGAAUACAAUACCUAGUAUUAAACUGAUACCCCCUGAAUGUUUACGUGAAUCGGUUGAUUAUUUCAGUAUGGAAUCAUUUGUCACUUCAACUAAAACUGAAAGCGUUUUUGAGGAAACUCAACCCCAAACAGGUGGACAAACGGACGUCGAUAAAAUGUUAGAAGCUAGUAAAUUGGAAAUGCAGAGAUCUAUAAUGAGGGAAUUGGUUGAGGCCAAACAACCAAAGAUACAGGAAAAGACAAUUGUAUCAGACAAGGAGGAGGAUGCAAAGGCAUCUGAUACUGCCGAGAGAGAAACAAAGGUUGAGUUAGAAGAAACUAUUGACGUGGAAGAAGAACGGACAGAAGGGAAAGGGGGUGAAGAGGAAAUGACGAAAGGCAUUGAAGUAAUGGCGGAAGGUGAAAAAGAAAUGGCGGAAGAUAAAGAAGAAACAGUGGAAGGUAUAGAAGGAAUUUUAGAAGGUGAAGAGGAAAUGUCGGAAAAAGCAGAUAAAGAUUUCCAUAAAGAAGCGAAAGAGCUACCAGAACAAAAGACUGAAGAUGGAGAGGCAUAG